AUGGAUAUUGGUCUUAUAGGGCUUGGCGUCAUGGGGGAGAAUCUUGUCAUGAACGCAGUGAGCAAGGGAUACACAGUAUGCGUCUACAACAGGACAGUUGAAAAAACACGAAAAUUUGUGGGCGAGGCAAACACCCCGAGCAUUACAGCGGGUGAAACUUUGCCUGAGUUUGUGUCUGCGCUGAAAGCACCCAGGAAGAUUCUUCUGAUGGUGAAAGCGGGGGCGCCGGUGGACGAGUUUCUUCGGAAACUUUCAGAGCAUUUGAGCCCGGACGAUAUUGUUAUAGACGGGGGAAACUCAAACUACAAAGACACGACAGAAAGGUGCAGAUUUGCAAAUGGGAAGUUUCUGUAUGUGGGCUGCGGGAUCUCUGGGGGCGAGGACGGAGCCAGGUACGGGCCGUCCAUUAUGCCGGGCGGGGACAGGGCUGCCUGGGAGCACAUACAGGGCAUCCUGCAGGGAAUAUCCGCGCGAGCAGAGGGCGGUGGCCCGUGCUGCGAGUGGAUAGGCCCGGAAGGGAGCGGGCAUUUGGUGAAAACCGUGCACAACGGGAUUGAGUAUGCGGAGAUGCAGGUGAUUUCCGACUUCUACCAAAUCCUCAGGGCGCGCAUGGAGCCGUGCGAAGUCUCUGCAGUUUUUAAAAAGUGGCAGGAGUCUGGGACGUCUGGGUUUCUGAUCGAGUCUGCCGUGCAAGUGCUCGAAAAAAAAUCCGAGGAAAAGUUCAUAAUUGACUCGAUUGUUGACGCGUCUGCGCAAAAAGGCACGGGAAAGUGGACUGUGCAGGAGGCCUUUGAGUUUGGCGUUCCUGCGUCUGUUAUUUCUGACGCAGUCAUGGCCCGCGCCAUAUCCUCAAUGAAGGGCGAGCGCGCGGAGCUUGCACAGAAGCUGCCCGCUGGCACUUCACAGGAAGCAGAUUUCAGCGAGAUUUCUGCGGAGGAGAUGCGAAAGGCGUUUCUGGUGUGCCGGGCUGUCUCUUACAUCCAGGGAUUCAACUUGAUCAGAGCCAUUUCCGAGCACAACAAAUGGGACAUUUCGCUGAAGACGCUGUGCUCGGUUUGGAGCAACGGGUGCAUCAUACGGAGCGAGUUCCUGGGGACGCUUGCAGCAAUUUCUGAAAGCAGCCUGCUCUUUGCCUCGAGCGAGUUUCUAAGCAUUGCGCGGGACGGGAUAGCACAGCUGCGAAAAAUAGUCGCACUCUCCGUGCAAGGCGGAGUCAGCAUUCCGUGCAUAUCCUCCGUGCUGUCCCACUACGAUGCAAUGCGGGCGGAAAAGUCCUCUGGGAACAUGAUACAGGCGCUCAGAGACCUCUUCGGGGCGCACACUCUUCUGCUGGAAGAGAGUCCGGAGACGCCUGUGCACAUAAACUGGAAAUAA